AGCGGAGCGCCGCGCCGAGACGCCAUGGCUGAAUAUUUACCAGAAAUCACUACUGAGUCAGUCUGUUCUCUGGAGGGCAAGAGAGAGCUCAUUGAAGAAUGUGAGAGUAUUUGGAAGCAGAUGGAAGAGUGUCAGAGCAAGCUAAUGCGUCUAGAAAUGGGCACAUCUCGAAUGUCAGAUGCCAAGCUUUCCUUCCAAUUACCAAGGAUGCUAAUGAAAGCUUUAAGAGCAGAACAUAAUCAAUGGCAAAACAGAAGUCCUGAAAUAAUUUCUACCAAUCCGGAUGUACUGCUAUCAUUAGGAAAAGAAGAGUUGCAGAAAGUAAAGAAUCAGCUUGAAAUGGUGCUAUCAACAGUUCAGUCAAAAAAUAAACAACUGGAAGAAGAUCUAAAAAGAGAACAGCAGUGGUAUGAGGAACAGGAGCAGCUACUAUAUGCCUUUCAGAGAAAGGCAAACACCCAAGUUGGACAACUUUCCACAAAAAGUUUGAAAAUGAGAUCAUUGAAUGAACUGGAAAAUAAAAUCUUACAACUAAAGUCAGUUAAAGAAGAACUCUUGGAUGCUCUGGGUAAAUUCCUAUCAGACCAUUUUCCCCUUCCAGAGACUGGUAGAAGUGCUAAAAAGAAGGGUUCUUCUGAAGAGCCAUCUGUAGAACUGAUAACGCUGCAUGAAAUUUUAGAGAUGCUUGUAAACAAAUUAAUGAGCACACCACAUGAACCCUAUGUAACAAUCAAUGACUCAUUUUGGCCACCAUAUAUAGAACUGCUGCUGCGAAGUGGAAUUGCCCUGAGACAUCCAGAAGAUGCAAAAAAAAUACGCCUAGAAGCCUUUCAUAUGUAGUAUGACCUACAUGUUUAUUUUAAAACAAAACAAAGCACCAGUGUACACUUACUUGGAGGCUAAGGCAUGCUUUUAUGAUAAGCUUUUUUCAUA